AUGAAAUAUAAACCCACGCUCAUCAUCCACGGCGGCGCCGGCGCCCUCUCCCGAUCCUCUAUCCCUCCCGACCUCUACGAUCGAUACCACGCCUCCCUCCUCGCCUACCUCCGCUCGACUCGCGAUCUCCUCAACUCCGGCUCCUCCGCCCUCGACGCCGCCGUCCACGCCGUCUCCCUUCUCGAAGACGACGAACUCUUCAACUGCGCCCGCGGCAGCGUGUUCACUUCCGCCGGGACCAUCGAAAUGGAAGCCUCGGUGAUGGUGACGUCGGUGAAUAGUCCUGGUCCCGGCUCAACUAAACGCGGCGUCGGCGUCAUCGGGCUCCGUAACGUACGGCAUCCGAUCCAGCUCGCGAGGGAAGUUCUUCUACGGGAUGGACUUGAUGAAAAUGAUGAUGGCGGAAGCAUGCAUGCACAGCUUUCUGCGCCUUAUGUUGAAGACCUAGCUAGGCGGUGGGGUCUUGAGUUUCAGCCUGAUGAGUACUUCUGGACGAAGAGAAGGUGGGAUGAACAUGUACGGAAGUUGAGGGGGGAGGGACAGGGGCAGAGACGGACUGAUAAGCAGGGUUCUUCCUCUUUGGUCUCGGAUUCCGAUACCGAUGACUCGGUGUGCGAUGGCACUAUAGAUUCGCAGGUAGCGGUGCCGGGUGGCAAGGUACUUGACCCGGAUCUUGACCUUGAUCUGAACUCCCUCCCGCAAGGAACAGUCGGCUGCGUCUGUCUCGACCAGUACGGCAACUUGGCCGUCGCGACAAGCACAGGCGGCAUGACGAACAAGCUUCCUGGACGGGUGGGCGAUACCCCGACAUUAGGGGCGGGGUUUUGGGCGGAGAGAUGGACUGGAUCUUCUCCUUUGGAUAUCAGGCCUACUUCUCGUCUUCCCUCUUCUCCGCCUGGUCCGUUUUCUAUGGAAAAGGAGGAAGAGGGAGAGAUAUCAUUUUCCUGGACCGCUUGUCUACCUUCGUUUCUACGUUCGAGUUAUCCUUCUCCUGCAUCUUCUUUGGAGACAUAUACCGACAGACAUAAAGGAUACACUGAUACAGAAGCACACAUAUACACACCCAAAACCAGAAACCCAUCAGUACCAGGUCUACUCCCACCACUAGUAUACGAUAGAAACGAGAAACAGCCCUUACUCGACCCCUCCUCUUCUUCGCCAUACAGCACCCCUUCCAUUUCUUCUCUCCCUCGCCCUCCACCUCCACACCCUAACCCUAACCCCCGAUCCGGAUCCAGAUCCAGGUCUCAAACAAUAGCCGUCGCCCUCUCCGGCACCGGCAACGGCGACUCCUUCCUCCGGACCUGCGCGGCGCGCACAGCCUGCGCUAUGGCUCGCUUCUCGCCGCAUACGCAUCUUCCCGAAGCGGUGAGGGACGUAGCCGGACCGGGCGGCGAAUUGCAGCGUUCAGCUGGGGAGCGAUGGGGUAGUGGAGAGGGGGAGGGAGGGAUGAUUGGGAUUGAGGUGAGAGGUGUAGGUGUUGGGUUGGAGGGAGAGGAAGGAAGGUAUAUAGAUGGGGAGGUGGUUGGACGGGGAACGGUGGUGUUUGAUUUCAAUUGUGGGGGGAUGUGGAGGGCUUGGAUUGAGGAGGAUGCGAUGGGAGAGGAGAUAGAGAAUGUGAUGGUGUUUAGGGAGAAGUAUUAUUAG